AUGUCGCCGGGCGCGACAGCUCUCGCCAUGACGCACCUUCCCUCUGCCGCGACCGCCGCCGCCAUUCCCAGCGACUGCUACAAUGGCGGGCCCUGGGGGGGACUGGCGGGAGGGGGCGACUCUGCAUGGAGCAGCGGACUUGCCAAGUGCGACGUCGACGGCAAUGGCGGUGCGGGACUUUAUUCUCUCGAUGGCCGCGGCAAUGACGACGGCGGCGGCAACGGCGGCGGCAACGGCAAUGGCAAGAGGGUUCUUAGCCCACCGGACCCUGAUCGCCAUGGGGAAGGCAGCGGAGACGGCGCUGCCGGCAGCGGCAUCACGAACGCUGUGGCCGUCGCGAUGACGAUUCCAUCGACGGCUGUCGACGCGUGGGGAUCGUCCUCGCGAUCGGCGCGCCGAUCGUGCAACGCGAACGCGGCGCCGCGAUGGAUGGAUCCGCGCUGCGGCGGUGCCGUUGCGGCGUCCGCGACGAGAAUGGCGAGCGGCAGCACUGCGGAAGGAAAUGCGGCGGCGGGCUUUGCGGCGACGGCGGCGACGGUGGGAGGUGUAGCGGCCUUUGCGGCGACGGAGGCGGCGGCGACGGCGGAGGGUGCGGACGAGGACGACGAGUGGUUGAGCAUGGACGUCGCGCGGGAGUGGGAGGGCGCGGUAGCGGCGGAAGCCAAUCAGCGGGGAACGCGCGAGCGCGAGACGAGCAGCACGGGCUGCUACGGGCCGUCCUCGGAGCGCGCGAACGGGUCGAGGCGCCAGGCCUGCGCGGAUCGCGCUGGCGACGCGCCAGCGACGCUUGGAACCCUUGCGACGGCGGCGCUGUCGCCCGCGAUUACUGCCGGAGAUGCUGCGACGGUCGCGAGCGACAAUGUCUCUGGAGGCGGGUCGGAUUGGCGGGAGGACACCGCGCCGUGCGGCCGCGCGGGCGCGUGGGAAGAAGAUAACCGCUGCGCGGACACGCGACACGGGGGAAACCACGCGGCGGCGUUUCCCGCAGCGGGAGAAGCGGGCUGCGCGUCAGGGGUGGGCGGAAGCCAUGGGGGAACCAGCCGGCGAGGGGAGGCGCAAACGGGGAGCCAAGGGGGAAGCCAUGUUCCGCCAUACGGGGGUGGGGAGGAUGCGCGGGAGGACAGGAAGCAGAGGCGCAUGGUGAGCAACCGCGAGUCUGCUCGACGGUCGAGGCUGCGCAAACAAACGCACGUGGAUGCAAUGAAGCUCAAGGCGUGCAGGCUGCAAGGGCACAACACGGACAUGGCGGUGCGCCUCACAACAGCCUCAGAGAACCUCAACCAGAUCACGCGGGAGAAUCGCCUGCUGCGAUCCCAAGCCACCGACCUCUCACGCCGCCUGCAGCGCCUGCACUUAGGAGCUGCCUCCAGCUUGCCAGGAUUAGAGGGAAUGGGAAGGCUGGAUAUGCACUUGGGCGGCACUUUCGGCGGGCCAGGCCAUGCGUUGGGUGGGCCAGGCGAUGCUUUUGCUGCGAAGCCGACGGCGUUUCUGUCAGGAAUGGAUCCUGCUGCAGCAGCUGCCAGUGCAGCAGCAGCAGCACAUUGCCGAGCACAGUAUGGGUUGGGCUUGGCGUCAAAAUAUUCAGCAGGCACGGGCUAUGCUGCAUCUCCUUGUCUCUUUGAUCCGUACUAA